UAGUAUGGAAAUGUCAAAUCGAGGCGCAGACGAAAUACACGGCGCCGGUGCAGCGUAUCCAGUUCAGCACAUCAGCACCACGAGCAAGAAGAAGAGCAAGCCAACAACGGUUCAAAGGAAAACAGCUUGCUAUCGGUGUGGAAACGAAGAGCAUUUUGCGGAUAAGUGUCGACACCGGAAUGCAAUUUGCAACUACUGCAAGAAAAUGGGACACUUGGAUAAAGUGUGUCGUACAAAACUACAACGAGCAGGAGUACACACACUGGAGUACGAGCCUGAUCUUCCUGCCUGUGACGAUGACGUUGUGGAUGUGCUCAACCUGAGAGCAGUGCAAAAUCUGGCGGGUCAAUAGUACAAGCGCAACCAUCCAACCCUCCACCAAUGAGUUUUCCAUCAGAGGCUCCAUGUUCAGCGGAAAUACCACCGGAAGCAAAACUGCGGCGAUCAGCAAGGAGUAUCAAAACACCACAAAGGCUACUACUGUAAAUAACUAUUUCGGAGGGAAGAGCUGUCAUAACCAUCGAAAUGUCAACAUCACCAAAUGGACCAACCUGGUAGCGGUUGGCUGACAGCGGCUGUCAAC